UUAUUAUAAUAGAUAGAUUUCUUUAGCUUUUCCUUAUCAUAGGCUACAAGCUUCCGAAUAGAAGUGGGAUUUUAUUGUGGAAAUUGGUGUUAGAAUGGAAAAGAAAAGGCGAUCUUGGGCGUGUACUUUUGUUUUGCAAGUCUCUCUCUUGAUUGCCUUCUACCUUGCUCUGAACUUGGGUCAGCCUCAGAAGUCCAUUUUUCAAAACAGAAAUGGCACUAGCAGUAGCAGAAGACCUCAUGAUGUUUACUUUCUCAGUGUUAGAGGAGGAUAUAGACCCCUUAAACGGCAAAAUCUUCUUCUCAAACAGAUGGAGAAAGUGGCUAGCUUUUACAGAGCUAGGUUUGUUGUGAACGUAAGUGAGCUGGGAGAAGAUGAUCCACUCACACAGAAUGCAAGCAGGCUCUUCCCACCACAGAAAGUUCCCUGUGCUUGUAGGUACUCUACUAAAGUCUCAAAUGAUGGGAAAGUUGGAUGCUUCCUGGAGCAUUUCAACAUUACGAGUGGAAAAAUGCUAACAGUUGUUGGUUUGGACACUGGGUCGUUUCAGGAUUCGAUGCUCAUGGGAUCAACAAGUGACUUCAAGAAGAGGCAGUUAAAUUGGCUGACCCAAUCACUAGAAGCAACCACUGACAACUGGAUCAUAGUUUCUGGAUUUCACCCUGUGGUUAGUUGUGACAAGGAGCAACUGGAAACAAAGCAAGUUAAUGGCCCUCUGCAUAAUAUCUUUAUGAAACAUGGAGUGAACGUGUACAUGAGCAGUCAGGGAUGCACUAGUCGUACCGUUCAAGGUGGAGUGGCGCACAUAGGCAUAGCGGACCCAACUGGUAGUGAACCUUUGGUUUAUUUAAAUGGAAGAUUGGCAAUUCAAAAGGAGAUGAUUGAUGAUGGGUUUCUUCUCCAUAGAGUUAGCUCCCUCGAUAUUACAACCUAUUUUGUGAGCUUAGCAGGGGAGAUCGUGAACGAAGCUGUCAUCACACAGCACGGUAAGGAGGUCAUGUAAAUUAAAAUUUUUGAAGACCAAGCGUCGUCCAUUGUUGAAGUCUGGUGUAUUUGCUUCAUCAACCAUUCCAUUUGCUAGAACUAUUCUUUUUGGGUGUAAACGUCAUUGUGUUUAAACUAGCCGCCAACAUUUUGGCCAUCUUGGAUAGGUGAUUGUUCGCCUCUUGUUCCAUCUAAAUUUUUAUUCAUUGAAACGGAAAGAUAAAAUUGUA